UUGGGAAAAAAUUGGCAAGACGAUACAACCUGCUCUUUUCACCUAUAACGUCAUAAGCCAGGUGCCAUUAACCAUUAAUCUAUUUUAUCUAUGACGUCACACUUCCCACAUAUAUAAACUAAUAAACUGCAAGUCCACUGUAGUGUGCAUGCGUACUCUCGUAGUCGCACAUGUAGGUGGUUUGAGAUAGGUUCACUAAUAUCGGAUGCAAUGAACUAGAGGAGGAAUAUCGGCCUAAUGAUCAUCCAAUGGUAGACUGUGCAUGCGUCCUACACGACCUGAGCUGUCCCACAAGCGAGCCAAUUGAGUUUGGUUGACUCAUAUAAGAUUCAGUGAAUAGAUUAAUAAUACUUGAUACACGGGUCAACAACUAUUGCUUUCAUAGCCAUAGCCAGCCGCGUACGUUCCGACCAUGGGCAGACCGUUGCCGAACAUCUCCCGACCAAAGUAUGUCCCGAACAAACUCGGGCCCACGCCUCACUUUGCGCCCCACUCAACUGAGCUAACUAGGUCCGAGAUUAACUCGGCCAAGUAAACUCGGACCCAGUACCGCGCGGAAAAAGUGACUUGUACGUCUCCACACAUGUUUUGACGUUUUUGCGCUGUUAGGGUGUUAAAUGUUAAAACCCUACGAUGAUUAUCUUUGUAACCGCCAUGCAUGGGGUUUUUUUCUCGAAUAUUGUUAUUGUUGUUCGUCUAUGAACAGUGCCUGGAUGCGUUAUCAUAAACACAUGAAAAGAAAGAAAGCUUUGUUGGCCAAAAAGAUGGAAAAUGCUCGAUUGUGGCACAGGCAGAGAGUUCAGAGAAUCCAUCUUCAGUCAUGGAUUGUAUCCUUAUUGCAACCUCAGUAUUUUCUAGAUACUUAGCUCAAUUAAUUUGCCAAAAUGUGGAUGAAAUUGAUAGUGCUGUAGUUUUAUUUGUUGUUUGGCUUUUGUGCGUCCUUAGGGGAUCGGCUUAGCCUGCAGACCCAGACGUAUUUCCGGUCUUUGCUUCCCUCCACCCAAAAAGAGAAGCGACGACCGGAAAUACGUCUGUGUCCGCAGGCGAGGGAUUGCUUGGCAUUAAUUCAGGUGGAACUAUUGAUUCCCUCUACCCUUUUUGUAGUUGCCACACAGGUUACGCGGAGGCCUUUACCCACUGACACAAUCAGGUCUGUUGCUAUUGCAACUAAUUUUAGAGUAAGUGAGGUUAUACCGGCCAUGAAUAUGAGUGGUUGACUGCAAGCUAACUGGGAAGAAUAAAUACAAUUAUUGUUUAUAACGAAAUGUUACUAGCCUGUUCGCAAACCUUCUGUUUUCUCUUUAAUUACUUGGAAGAAAGAAAGAAACAACGUCUAUGAACUAGCCUGCAUAACAGGCGCUUUAUGAGCCAACGAGGCGAACGCGGCAUUUUGCGCGAAGCUUGAGGCGAGCGCGGCUUGAUUUUUUUCUUCUCCCCUCGUCUUGCGCUUCUCGCAAAAUUCCGCUCAUAAAGCGCCUGUUAUGCAGGCUUUGAAGUCACUGUACCGGCACUUCAUGUUUUUGAUCCUUUACUAAAUAUGAUAUGAUGAUGCACAUAGGAAUGGGUCUCAGAGAGAAAAGAAAGGCAGAAUGGUGAGUUGUUUGCUCGCUGUUGUGAUUUUCAAGAUUAUUGAACCAACUGCCGUAAAAGCUAGGAUACUUUUUUUUUCAGUGAUAUCAACAAGGAUCCGGAGAGUGUUGGCAAUCUCACUGUUACGUGUGGUGUUUGAUGCUUGGCAUAGUGUUGCUGUGGACGCAAGAAAGACCAAGGAAUACUUUGAGGUGAGAGAGUUGGCUACAGCUGCAAAGACCCAACAAUUUAAAGAAAAAUGCUUGAUAGUCACUAUCAUUCUCUACUCCUCAUAGUCUUCUUGACUGAUUUAAGUUUUUCUUAAACAUGGAAACUAUUUCAAACCUUCAAGUGAAGGCGGCCUUUGUUGAAUCAUGAGUGAUAAUCUCAAUUUCUAUGCUGAGAAAUGAACAGAACAACUUUAAAAUAGUUCCAUAUCUAUCAUGCAGAGGAUUGAAAGAGGAGAGAUCAUAGACACAGGAUAUGAAGGCUUCUUCCGCGUCAGAGCUGAUGGCAAAGAUGAAAUUUCAUCUCUUCCAAGACAUGUCGCUUUGCGGGUAAGUAUAAUGUGGUGGUCAGGUCAAGUAGCAUUAGGGAUGCUACCAGCAAAGCUGUUGUCUUUGUCGGCGUUGUAAACUACGUUUUGUGAGACGAUCUUUUCCUGCAAAUUUUGUUGAUAAAUGAGGCAGGUUACAUAGUACGUUGGCCAGUACAAUACUACUUUUUACAGAGUCCAGUGAGAGAGCUCACUGUUGAAAGUGAAAGUAAUCGUGAAAAGAGCAUCUAGUGUCUAAUACCUAAAGUCAUUGUUUCAUGUUAUAACGCUCAUUUUGCAUCAAACUUCAGAUUUUCAGUCACGUGAGUGUAGGUGACUUGGGACGAUGUGCGCGUGUCUGUAGGAGCUGGAAAGUGUUGAUUCAGGCGAAUAUUCUGUGGAGCAAGGUAACUAUAUAUAUUCAACAACAAUGUGAACUUAUUUGAAUAUUGUAACAAUGCUUCUUCUUUUAUUUUUUAGGUUGACUUUUCCAAAGUAAAACACAGGUAAUAAAAGAUUAUUGUCAAAAACGUUUUUUAAAGUGAAUAUGCCUAUUUUGCUUCUCCUUGUGUCUAACACUAAACAGUAAUUAUGCACUUGAUUUGUUACAUUCUUUUAACUGUUUUGAUGUUGUUUACAGUGCAACAAAUAAAGUUGCAGCCAGUUUGAUCCACAAAUGUCGUCCAUUUUUGGGACAUCUCAACCUGAGAGGCUGUUAUAACCUGACAAGUGAAAGCCUUAAACUCACAGGUAAUUUACUCAGUUCCAGAUCUUCCUUUCGCACAAACGAAAUAGCAUUAUUGUAUUGAAUACAUGGUAGUAUUCAGUCUACCUGCGAAUCCCUCGUCUACCAUGCGCGUACGUCCUUGAUUGUGUCCGGCCACAUUUUUUGUUUUGUCAGACUUUUCGGUAGCCACUUGAAGGACAUAACUCAUUUCAAGGUGCAGUUCAUCAGUAGAUGUAAUCAUUAUUCAUUCAAAUAUUUUUUCGUUUUUGAUUGACUCAAGAGCCUCGGCUAAUUCUUUAAACUAGACCCGCUACCGUUUUUGCGACAUGUGAUACCCAGUUAAAUGACGUCAACGAAAAGGCUAUCGCUCCAGGCGGUGUGCGUCAGGACCCACAAAAGUUCAUGGGUAAAACUGUUUAUGUGCCUCAUUUCAAUCGUGACACAGUCGAGUUCGCAUCUCGUGAGAGAGAGAAAUCAUAACCCGGGAUCAAAACACUCCUCCCUUUUCUGAAAAACAUUACCGAGGAGAGCGAUUUGGAGAAUUUUCAAGAUCUCACACUGGCCUUAGAUGCUUGUUAUUGGCUUCAUAAGGUAAUUUCAAUAAGUUGAUCGCGAUUCGGAGACGAUCGAAGGUGCGAUUUAAGCCGAUUUUAGGCGGCGAUUUCCUGCUUCUCAGAAGAUUUUAGGUACUGUUUAGAGACCUGUAGCUCAGACCUGGAUUUACUUAAAUAUAAAAUUCGUCCAUUUAAUAGUAACGUUUGAUGGACUUUAUUAACCGGGCGGGCAAGGAGGGGAAGCACUAACAAAGAGCAAGGUGAGAAAUCUUGCAUCCUCUACCGUAACCAUAUUAUUUUCAUCGACAAUUUUAUAUUAUUUUGCAAACAGUGACUGUUUGUAAUCCUUGUAAGCAAAUAAAUCUUCUACAGGCAAAAGUAGCGCCCGAACAGCUACAGCACAAUAGCAAUUUCACCGAAGCUACGGCCGCAGAAAUAAACCACAAUCUUGUCUGUACGUUCUUUGAAGUUAGCGCAGUGUAUCGAUUUUGUUAUAAACCUAACCUCAAAGUUUUAAAAUCCUGUAUGAUGUUGUCUAGAUCUUCGAUAAUGGUUUUGUGUUUUGGUUGAGAUUUAUUCCCUCGCGUAAAUUUACAUGAGGAUGUGCAUACACAUAGCACAUACUGCAUGCAAAUUAUUUUAAAGACACGCGUAAGACACUGGGUUGUGAAAAAUGUUUUGUUUCCAAAGGUUAUCACAAUAUUCAAACUUAUUUACCUUUUCUGGUUUAAAAUGAAACAAACUCUUCCUGGAUUUUGCGUUACUCGCUUCACGUCGGCUUCCGCUUCGACAAGUUUCUCAGCCCGUUUCCCGGGACUUGUGCUACUUGGCUGAGACAAUCUCUUCAUUCCAAGAUACUUUCAACGCCUCAUAACGGGGAAACUAUCAGGGAUAGACCCGGGUAGACCCCACAAUUUACAAAAAAGAAAGGUUGAAGUAACAAGUUGAUCGAAAUAAUCCGAUAAAACCGCUGACAGUAACCAGCAAUGAAUCCAAGAAGAACGGCGAAAAUAACACUCAAAUCAUCCUGGCGGCUUGCACAUGACCGAGCAAUUCAAACUUGUCAAAAACGCUCAAGAAAGCAAAAUAUUUAAAACUAACGCAACUGCUAUCAAGAUAAAGUGUUCCAACAACUUUCCACGGCAGUAUUGUGUCGAAGUUACCUACACAAUCUUGGAAUCAAGCGAAAAUUUCACUCUACAACAAAUCUACAAUUCGCUCUACAAAUGACGCAUUCUGAUUGGUCGAAUCUCGUGACGCACGCCGCCUGCUGAAGAAAUGGCGGCAAAUUUCACACGUUUUGUGAAGAAGAAAUAGGUGAACGUCUGCCUAAAAACAUCGCAAGAAUAUCAAAAAUACCACUCAGCGAAUGACAACUGCUGUUUAGAGAAUAUCUGCUAGACUAAUCAUCCCUUUAUAUCCUGGGUUUGCCAAGAAACAGACAAAUAAAGACGGGAACAUAACAAUGAUCAAAGUAUGUUUUAAGUAGGAUUGUUACAUUCCUAGACUUUCACUCAACUAAACAGGGACUUCCAUUGGUUGAUUCUUGAUCACGUGGCCUUGACUAAAAUCAAAUGUAUCCCGAUUGUGAUACAUUAGAGACCUGUAGACAAGUACGACUACGAGUACGAGAUUUUCUCAAUACUAAGUAGUGUACGCGCGUUAACCAGCGUCAUUUUGGCGGGGAAAUGUGAUAGCCGUCGUCACUCUACUACGAGUUUUAGCGAAGAUGUCGAAGUGGCGGAAACAAGUUAUGAAAUGUUAGAAGUUUUACCAUUUUGUGAUCGGGAGAGGGUGUAACUUCCUUCACUAAACGUAACAGUACUAACUUUUCCAGUGAAAAAUGGUAAAAUGAAGCUUUCCUGGGAGUCUAUAUUUUGAGAAUACGCGAAAAAAAAAAGUACGGAUCGUAGUUGAAUCUAAAGAUCUCUAUUAAGCAAUGUAGCCCGCUCGGGAUACAUUAUAGAACAGCGUGAUCAAAGCAUGGUGGAAAGUGGCGUGACAGAAGGCGGGGAAAACCAACACUGCCAGUUUUCGUUUUCGUGAAUGAGCACAACAACACAAACACGAAGCCUCAAGCUAAAGAGCAACGAUUUUUAAAGUUAUCCCAGAAUAGAAACAGCAGCUAGUGGAGUAAAAAGAUUCAGAUAAUAUAAGGAAAGUACUUUGUAAAUCAUUUAUUCAGUGGUUUUGAAAAUUAAAUUUGUGUUUUUAUAAGUACCGAGUCGACUGUUUUGGUUCGCUCCGGUUAUUCUUUUGUUGCUAUUGAAGUGAAAGUCUAGAAAUAUAACAAAACACUUAAUGUCAGGUCCCUCGGGAAACUAGUUAGUUUAAUUUGUUUUCCCGAGAGUCCUGAUCAGGACUCUCAGGAAAACAAAACUAUCUGUUUCCCUUGGGAUCUGACAUUAAGUGUAUAACAAGACGCUACGGAGCUUACACUUGGGCGUCGUGGUUGUGGAACUUAUUAAUUGUAAAUGCGAUGGAAUAGUAAUAGAUGAAAUAUGGUAAGAGUAAGGUGUUAAUUUGUGAAAUUAUGGGAUUUGUCAGGCUAUCCUGAAAAGAGCAACAUCCAAGAGGCCUACUUGCCAAAAACUAGCAUUUGUGCAGCAUUUUGUAACUGUAAAAUUCAGCAUAAAACAGUUCGAAAGGAGUGCUCACUCGUGAAAUGUUUUUCAACACUCGAAGAGAAAUUUCGUGUCUCUGCGCGGCCAUGUUAUACCCUCUUUUUAUUCCUCGAGUAAAUUAAAGACUAAACUCGAAGUGAUCUCAAGAUAUCACGAAGUAGUCCGUCUCAUUUCGUGAAAUAGCCGAAACAAGCCGAAAAGUCACGAACUUGCACGCCCAAUCUUGUCCCGAAACUAGUGCAUCAUUUCAUAACUAUUUUUCAUAUCCCGAACAGUAGCGCAAUCGGCUAAUCCCUCAACUUAGAGUCUCCUCUGAUCUUACGGGUCACACAGGUGAGUCAGUUCAAACCCCGGGAAAGGCAAAUAAUUCUUACUUCCUCGAAAAAGUUUGAGAAUAAAUCAAAGAAAUCGAAGUGAUCUCGAGAUAUCUCGAACUAAUUCGGCUCUUACUUCGUCAAACAGCCGAAUGAAACCGAAAACCUGCAGACUUUGCGUGCCCAAUCUUGUCAAAAAAAGUCAACUUUGAUACAUUCCUGAGCGUCGCGAAUCCUUUACUUCGCGCUCCGCCGAAGUAAUAAUUGCGUUGAAUAACUAAUAAAACAAUGAUUGGAUUCUAUUUCAGUGCGUAUGAUCGGAAAAAUUAUGCAGAUCUCGAAGGGUUUUAUCCUCCCAGGCAGAAGAUCUCCAUAAUUCCUUUGAUUAUACGAUUUGCUAAAUAUUUGUAUUUCUGAAAGACGUUUUAAUCGUCGCAAUAGUGCCAAUCAACUCUGGAUGACCAGAAGCUGCUGUCCGUUAAAGAAAGCAAGUAUAUCUCUAUCAAAACAGCUGAGCUAUCACGCCUUCUGUCGAUUAUCAUUGCAAGACUUGACGUCAGUUGUACUGUUAUCGGCAGACUGCUUUCAAGUUUGGUCGACUGUAGGAAGUUAUGAAGAACUGGACGGGGGAUAUAAGCGUGAUCAGAAACGGAAAAAUCUGUGAAAAAAAUAAUCACUGAAAGAUGUAAAAGGGAUUGUUAUUAAGUGGUAAACAGUUGAUAAAAACAGUUGACAGGCAAAGCAAUAUUCCAUUCAAUCUGUCGAAUGUCCGUCACAUAAUUUUUUUUUUAUCUGGAUCGCAUUUUUCAGCACAAUGCAGAAAUCUUCAAGACUUGAACUUAUCUGAAUGCUCUGGGUUAACGGUAAGUUAGCUUUUUUACUUAUAACAUUUCUAAUUAUAGAUCAGUUUAAUUGUUACUACACCAGAUUUUGCUUAUAUCAAGCAAGAAAGGUAUUGUUUCAUCUGAAAACGUUAUUUUUGUUAGGAUGAAGCCAUCAAGAAUAUUGCCAUGGGCUGUUCGGCUUUGCUGUACCUUAACUUGGCAAACACGCCGAUCUCUGAUGCCUCUCUCAGAUAUCUUGGAAGGUGAAAGAACAGAGCAUUUAUUUUAAAACUUUUUCUUACAGUAUCUUUCUUUGUAAUACUGUAUUCGACUUUCGCCAUUUGUGAUCUUUCUCCUGGAAGCUUUUGAGCUGUUGAUGUAUGUUCUUGGACGUAAAAGGUCAAACUCUGGUAUUCCUCUCUUUCAAAUCUUCGAAAAAUAAGAAGUAUUUAUGACUGGGAAAAUGGUUUCAUUAUUGAGGUACUUCAUUUCUGAGCUUACUCUUUCACGCGUUUGAUGGUGACAACAGCAAAAACGAUAAAACAAAAACAAAACUAUAUCCGUCUUGCAUCUCUUUUUGAUGUUAAAUUAAGUGUCAGGCUGUUUAUUGGUAAUGUGAACAAGAUGUAAGUAUAUUUUUUUGCAGUUAAACUGACGUAGUUUGAGUUGUUUUUAGGUACUGUACAAACCUGUUAUACCUUAGCUUAGCUUACUGUACAAAGUUCACCAACAAAGGCCUUAGUUACAUGGCUAAUGGAAAAGGAUGCCAUAAAAUAGUACACCUGGACUUGUCUGGAUGUGAACAGGUAAUGAAAGGGCUUUGUCAAGCUGUUAUCAAUAUCUUGUUACGCUGGAUCGUACAAUCCAAACUCCAUGUUAUGUAGAACGACCUAUCCAAGGCGACCACCUCCCAAAAGCGACCACCUUUCCAAGAUACCAAAAUUUUCCCAGUCAAAGCCCUAUAGUUGUAACCUAUUGUGAACGACCACCGCACUUAGUAGGCGAUCGCGCCCAACUUUUAUGGUGACGGUUUUCUAGUUUUCCUUUUAUAACCAGUCACUUGACACGUGUUCUGAUCUGGAACACGUUCGCAGUACGUACCAUGUUACUCACAGAAAUUCAACAUAUGAGUAAUAGUUUUUAUUUUUCCAAAUUUAACGAUGCAUGCAUGCAUGCGUCACGCUUGCUCCCCUAUUUUAAGGUUUUACAGUUCUCUUCCUACUGAUGCAGUGAUGUUAAUACAAGUGAUUUCUCAUUAUCUCCCUCUGUCUUCAGAUUACACAAGACGGUUAUAAGUUCAUAUCUAUGGGUUGUUCCUGUUUAGCAACAAUUAUUCUUAAUGAGUUGCCGGGUCUUCGAGAUGAAUGUAUUCAGGUAUGAAGUGGCUUCUCAGUAGGCCUCACCUUUUAAUUGAUAGUAGCGGAGCACCAUGGGUAAGAAAAUGAGGUAAUCUACACAUCCGAGAAAAUUUGGUAAUCACGUGACCGUCCGUCCGCACCACAGGCAUACCAAUAUAAAAUAACUCAAUCAACAGGUAUGGCAACCCAAAUUCAACUCGAGGUUAUUUUGGCGGGAAAUCGCAUAGCCACCGGCGUCUUGUAAAGCAGAGAAAACUAAAUAGUCAAUAAAGACGAAAACAGAAAGCGGAAAUUGUUUCUGUGUUCUUGUUGUCUAAAGUAUUUGGAAUAUAGAGCAGGAGAAAGACAAAGAAAAAGAGAAAUUAGGCUGCAGGCCACCGAAGCUCAACGAGAGAAAAGAGAUAAAAAACAAAGGAGACUUUUUUUUGUUGGAAGAACAACAUGAAAAUUUGUAGCGGCGUUGAAAAAGUGAGAAAUGCUAGCGGCCACAAAUGCAAGGUGAAAAUGAGCGGCAGUGAAAAAAUAGUGAACGAGAACACGUACGACAUUUCCUUCAUAAAGCGUUUAACUAAGAAGUUUCUGGAAGCUUCACGUUGUAGUCGUGCAAAACAACGGCAAAGAAAUGUAAAAAAAAAAGUGUGCUGCACCUGCAAAGUUGCCUUUUUUGCUAAUUAGACCUAUUGUUGUUUUUUACCGUUCUCCGGCGUUGCCUUUGCGCUUAGCAUUACACGAUUUUAUAUUUUGUUUGAACAAACAAUAAAUAUUAUCGAGAGCUUCGCUUUUAGCCCUGGCUACAUCUAUAUAUUAGUUUUUAAAUAAAAAAGCCAAAACUGGCUUCUAAGGAUGUCGCAGUUGAGGGGCUAAAAUGACGGCUUAAGAAGUUGUGUCAGUGGUCAAAUGUUGAAAUUUUGAAAACAAUUCUCAGUUAGGGUUUUUUUUUUCGAACAAAAUAUCAGAUUCGUUCUGGAUUUUGCUGUUUGAGUCGCAUCGCUGCUAAAUUAAUAAAAAAGUCAAAUUAAUUAAUUAACGAAAUUUUCUAAUGGAAGUAAAUCGAUCUUAUGGGUCCUCAUAGUUACGUUGCUCAAGGUAUUUGUUUUUCAAUUUAUUUAUGAUGCACCUGUAGUCCUCUAAUGUGACCAGCAUCUUGCAAUUAAACUUAGCGGAUUUACUGACUCAAUAGCCUUACAUUUCUUUUGCCGAAUUUAAUAAAUAUGAGGUUAUAUCGAUGCAGGGUGUGUUUGAACAAACGUAAUCGAUGGAAGCGUCUUACGAUCGUGUCACUUGUCUGGUGAAUUACUUUAUUUAUGCUCGAUAAAAAUAAUUGCCCCCAAACGAAGUAAAAAGUGAAUAAAACUGAGAGACUCCUCAUUAUCUGCUACUACUGUUUUCAUUUUUGGUGAGACAACCGUGGUCAUUACUAUUUUCGGUGGCGUGGAGUUAGUAGUCGGUAGCGGGAAAAGUGGGCUUGUACAAGAGAGGAUGAAAGGACAAUUCUUUCGUGUCUUGUAACACGAUCGCAUGACUUUUCCAUCAGUCUCUUACGACCUUUGCCUGGCUCAGCCUUUUUAUUGUCUCUUGCUAUUUGUACAGGCCUUGACAUCUGAAUGUCGCACUUUAAAGAAUGUAUCAAUUUUAAACUCGCCUUUUUUAUCUGACGCUGCCUUUAAGUGUCUUGCAUCAUGUAGAAGAUUACACAAGGUUAGAGUGGAAGGUUAGUAACAUGCCAAACGCAAGGUGCACAGGAAGCCCACUUUAACAGAUUACUCCUCCCCUCUGCUAGUUACCAGGCUAUCACAGCCAGUUUAUAAUAUAUUUUGUUUCCGUUUAAGGAUGUCACUUAGUGGACUUUCUAAACGUUCCUUUUUGAUGGCCCAUGGGUGCCUCGUGCAUCAAAAAAGUCGAAUUGUAGGCGGGCAAGCCCUGUCACUGUGUAACUAUUAGACUUGCAACAAGUCGACCUCACGAGUUAAGGCGAGAGGAGCAGACUUUUUUGUUAGGAGUUUCUAAGGGAGCUUACUAGGCUACGAAGAGUUGCCAUAUUAAUUCAGACGAAGGACUUUUUUGAAAGUCUCUGUAACUAUUGUAAGAGUAAACAUAUGCAUAUCCUAAAAUUGUCAGUUUUGUUGAAAUUUAAAAUAAUUAACAUUCCGAGAAAAAGCGUAAUUAAUAGUAAUAAUAAUAAUAAUGAUUUGGAGGUAGUACAUCCACAAAGUGGAUUAUUGCUUUUAUUAAAGUAUACCUAUAUAUUGCAUGUGUGUUAGUGUAGUAUACCCCAUUAGUAGGACUGAUGGCAGCUUUAGUUAGAGACUGAAAUAAAUUGUUGAUUAAUCGAUCGAUUGUUCGAUUAAUUCAUUACGAGUAAAAUUUGUUAUGAUCACGCCUUCUUAAUGUCUAAAUUAGUAUAGAAUGUAAUAGACACUUCACAGUGUAAUCAGUUUGUUUCUAUUUUCAAGGAAACAAUCGUCUAACCGAUGCGUCCGUUAAAGUUUUGGCUAAGAGCUGUGCCAUGCUCGAUCACGUCUACCUUGUGGAUUGUCCCAGAAUUACUGAUCUUGCCCUAAAGGCUCUAGCUGCCUCAAAACACCUUAAUGUCGUCAAUGUUGCUGACUGUGUUAGGUAAGAUGAAAGAUAUCGUAUAGUAACGGAGUAUGAUAGUUUCACUCAUUAUGUAGUAUCAGUAAUGUUAGGGUGUUUUGUUAUAACUUCUCAGAAUUGUAAAACAAAGAAAAAAUGCCAACACCUCUUUAAAACUGAACCGCUUCUUAUUAUUUUAUUCAAAGAAUACAAGACGCGGGGGUGAGGCAGAUUGUUGAAGGACCUUCAGGCUCCAAAAUAAAAGAACUUAAUCUAACCAACUGUGUGCGAGUCAGUGACGUUACUUUACUAAGAAUAGCGCAAAGGUAAGCUGGUUAAACAGCUGAGUUCAUGGGCCUGUUUAGUUUGGUCAUGGAUAGUAUCCAUGGUUCAGGCAAUAAGAAGUAGCAUAAGUGUUAAGUAAAGGGGUAAUAAAAGCUUCAUCUAAUUUCUUAAACUAGUUGCCUGCUCUAAGUCUUGACAAUGACGUAAUGCAAAGUUAUAGUCAUACGAAAUAUUAUUUUGAAUUUUUAAUCUGUCCAUUAAACAUUUAUCGCUCUUGUUUCAACCUGGUUCUCAGGGUUCUCUCUUGCCUUCAGAAAAGGAGAGAACCCUGAGAACGAUGCUGCAAUUGUUUAUCUCAUGCGUACGGGAAACACCUCAUCCUACCUACUUACAAACGACGUGCGACCCAUGUGAUACUAUGCUCUGUACGAUUUAUCGUCAGUUGCAAUUUAGCCCGUUCUUGACCGCGCCACUCAAACUCGGUAAGGAUUGUCACGGCAAACUGACACAGUCUUCUUCCUUGUACUUUGUUUUUUUUUUUCCGAUCGCACCGAGUGCUCGAAUUAGGCCGUUUGCACACAGGGGUCAUAGUCAACUAUUCAAUCAUUUUACCACAUUCUUGUGACUUACUCUGUUAAUUUGUUCCUUUUCAGGUGUCACAAUCUCGUGUAUGCUAGCUUGUGCUAUUGUGAACACGUGACUGAUGCUGGUGUUGAACUGCUGGGUACCCUCCCCUCCCUGACGUCACUAGAUUUGUCAGGGUGUAAUAUUCAGGACCAAGGAAUUGCAGCUCUGGGUAAUAACCCAAGGUUUCGUGACCUCACACUUGCUGAGUGUCCCAAUAUUACUGACCUGGGCUUACAGGUGCGUCACUGAUUAUAUGUACAUGUUUAUUCCUUACUCAACCGUACGUGCUUCUCGCGAAACUCUCCUGGAAAACGGACUGUUUUGCAGUCUAGUUGAGCUUAGGUAAGAGAGCAGCGAAGAACGUGAGAGCGGCAAACCAAGACUCUUGGACAAUCCUGGAGUUCAAAACGUUGUUGCCCCAUGGUGCUGCGGAGGUAAGUUUUCAAUCUGCGCAACGCACUGAAUGAUCGUUCUGCAGAAUACAAUGUAGCAGGUGUCACUCCAAGGAUAUGUACCACAUUAGCAAACACUCUAAACAUAUCAAAUAGAUCAUUCUCGUGCAUUGUCUCCAACAUUUCUGGAACAGUCAUGUAGCCUAAUCCGCGUACACGACGAAAACUCGCGUACAUUUUCAGCUCGGCUUCGAGAAUCUCGCUGUCGAUUUUGUAAAAUUUAGCAACGCGGGAGAAGCUUUCUUUAUCAAGUGUAUCAGUAGGGCCAUUUAUACGAGGAAAAAUAAGACGCGAACUGUACCAUUUAUACGAGCAUGUAUUAUCUAAGAAGAGAACAGCUCGUAUAAAUGGUUCGCGUCUUAUUUCUGUUCUUGACUCCUUUUCAUGUGAAUGUUGUCCGUAGCAACAGCAACCCAACGUGGCGCGCCAAAAAUUAACGCAUGUGUACUAUGCGUUCGCGUCUUAUUUAAGACGCGAAGGUCAUUUAUACGAAGUUUUUCUUGUCUUAGCUAAGUGUCUUAGCUAAGCCGCGUCUUAUUUUAAACGAAAUGUGCCGUUUAUACGGAAAGUUCGCGUCUUAUUUUUCCUCGUAUAAAUGGCCCUACUGUGACAGAUGUUUCCCAAAGCACAGAGUAUUUACUGUUCAUUUCCGCUAAACCUGAGCUCACGCUCGGACAGUACAUUGUCGAUGGACGCAAAGUAAAUACGGUGGUUAGCCUGCGCCACAGACGAAACUAAAGUCUAGUUUAAGUCCGUAUGCGAAACAGCGCUAAUAUCCUGUUCUGGGCCUCCACUUUUGUACCAGGAUUUUAGUAUGCGCCGUGAUUGGUACGCCUAUGAUAGUAAGGUUUACUUCAUAUGUUUGUGUUUUAGUAAUUGUAAUUUGUUAGGACAGUACAUGUGUUUGGGAGAUAUGAGUGUGUGGGGGGGCGCCAAGUGCUGUUAGGUUCCCCCUAUAUGCUUUUACUAGCAAUGCAAGGGGUUCAUUUAUGAUUAAUGUUGAAUGUAUAUGGUUUGCAUACCUUGUUUGGCUUUGGAAAGAUUUCGCAUUUUUUUGUCAAUACUAUACUCAAGUUUUCCCAGUUUACCAAUGCUAUACGACUUGAAUGUCUUCAUUUUCAUGCAGCCUGCUUUGUCUACCUUUUCAGGCUAUCAUCUUUAACGAGGUUGAAAGGUUACUAUACUGGCGAAACUUUAACCUCCUGAAUUAGUUUAUUGUGAUCAGCCGUGUGAAUAUACAUUGACUUCCUGUUAAGUCUUCAAAAUCUGCAAAAUCAGAUUUUUGGGAGGAAAAGAGAAGUUAAAAUUUUACGCAUGCUUUUGAUUUUUACACUGCACGUUAAAUUUAAACACUCUUUAGAUUAUUAAAUCGCAAAUAAAUAAUAAUAAUAAUUUUUGUCACAGAAAAUGUGUCAACAGUGUAGACAACUCGAGAACUUUAACGUGUCUCAUUGCAAGGUUAGUGGGCCCCACUCGCGUUCAGUUGAUCGUUCUAUUUGUUGUUAUUUUUUGUUCCUAGUGUAUCACACGUUAUCAUGUGCAAAUUAAGAACAAUAAUCGAAAGCUUUGCCACAUCUUGUCCACUGGAAAUACCGAAUUGUACAUUCUUAGUUUCCCUUAAUGUAGGAUUUUGUUUCCUUCCUUUUUCUCAGGGAUUAACUGACAAUGCCAUUAAAAACCUUGCGUUUUGCUGUCGUUUGCUUCGAACUCUGAAUCUUGCAGGAUGUAGCAAGGUAAGUUAAGACAGUGUAUUUUUUUCCUUUGUCUCUUUUUAAAGUAAGGUUAAUUAUAAGCGUUACAUACGGCUGCCACCAUUCGAGAAAAACAACACUUGUUCAAGGACAACGAAAAGUCCGUUAAUUUUAUGAAAAGUCAGGGAAACUCUUUAGUUCUUGUGUUUGAAAGUUGACACUGUGUGGCUGAUCGAUUUUAUCCUCCCAAUCCAAUAAUAAUCGAUCUAGAUCUGUUGAAAUGUCAAUUGGACGAAAAUGAAGAUAAAAAAGGUGAAAAACACUUAAAUACAAGGCUGGGUCAGGGCAUUUAACUAUCAACCUGCCGAAUUAUUGAAGUCUCUCUCGAAUCUCUUAUUGUCUCAAAGCCUCAAAGCGAAGCCUAUUUUACUUAAUUAAUUUGCCGAGUUGUUUAAAGUAGUCUUUAGCGAUGUCAAACUUAUUUAUUUUUCAUUGCGGUAGCCUGUUCCAGGCUCCAAGAUAGUCGUGCAGUAUAAAGUGUAUUCAGUAAAAAAAGUAUAUUCAGUAAAGUAUAUUCAGUAUAAAGUGAUGGGAAAAACGAGCGGGGCUGGGGAGAGAGGGGCCAACACUCCCUUCUCCAGAUCGCGCGCGUCUUAUUUUGAUUAGGCUUGUAGCACAGGCUAUCAUUGUGCUUACAAGAAAGAGAGCGUAAUUCCACUUUCUCUUUUUUAUAUAUACUUAUAUUUUCCCAUAUAGCUGACAGAUUCAAGCCUUCAGUAUUUAUCAGGAGUAUGCCAUUACAUUGAAGCAUUAGACCUGUCCGCUUGCGUUCACAUCACGUGAGUACAAUAUUCAGUUAUUUCCUGGCUGACAGUUUGGCUAGUAACAUCGAAUUUUUAUCCCUUGCUGCCGCAGUCUUUGUCCCGUAACGUUGCUUACCGUAGCCUGCGAAAACAGCCGUUUCGCCACUGGGAACCGUCUUCAGCGACGAAGAGCGAGGAGAAACGGCUGUUUUCGCAGGCUAUGCUUGCCGUAACACCGCUUUAAUUCUCUCCAUUUACAUUCUAUUUUAGAGACAAAUCACUGAGGUAUUUGAGGAAGGGAUGUAAGAGGCUGUCUUCACUGACGAUACUUUACUGCAGAAACAUCACCAAAUCAGCAGUUCAAAAGCUUCAGACCAAAUGUGCGCAUGUCCUUCAUAGUACUGAUGAUCCAUCCCCAGCGCUAGGCUACUAA